AUGGCUGCUGAAAUGACACCUGUUUUUGCCAAGGAUGCCGCUCCUCCUGCCGGCCCUUACUCCCACGCCAUCAAAGCUCAAGGCCUAAUUUUUGCGUCUGGCUGCAUCCCCUGCGACGCUGAGGGCAAAAUCCUCGAAACCGGAACCCUUCAGGAAAAGACCGCUCUGUGCAUCCAGAACGUGCGCGCAGUCCUCGCCGCCGCCGGCUCCGAAAUCACAAAGGUCGUCAAGGUUACCGUCUUUUUGACUGAUAUGGGCGAUUUUGCGGAUAUGAAUGAGGAGUACUCUAAGCACUUUAGCCAUAAGCCUGCUAGGAGUUGUGUGGCUGUGAAGCAGUUGCCUAAGGGCGUGCCGGUUGAGAUUGAGGUUGUUGCUUUGCAGUAG